UAGUGGAAAGAAGGCUUACUUUAGCUAAAGGGUACUCAUUACCUCCAUGCUCCAUUCUAGAAGUCCCAUCAUGCCAGCUCUCAUCAUCUCAAUCCCAUUCCCAAACCCCACUCACUCUCUUCGGUCAAUUUUAUGUUUACCUCAAUUCUAAUCCUGCUACUGCCACUGCCACUGCCACUGCCACUGCCACAAACUUACUUUGUCUCUCUUCAUCCUCUAUUUUGUUCUCUGGUGUUUAUUACAUGUAAAGCUUGAACAGGAAGAACAACGCCGCAGCAACAAUGUCUAACUAUGCGUUUUUAAACGACCAGCUCUCGAAGAAAACCUCAAUUUUCGGUUUGCGUUUGUGGGUCGUGCUUGGAAUUUGCGUUGGAGCAGCCAUAGUUAUUGUUCUGUUCCUCAUUUCACUCUGGUUCACCUCAAGGCGGAACGCUUCUUCUUCAUCCUCUUCGUCGAAACCUAAGUCUCCUCAGGACCCCAAUAUUCCUAAUGUCUCUAAGGAGAUCCAGGAAAUAAGAAUCGACCAUUCUCGAAACCCAACUCCUCAACCCGACCCGAAGCUCCAAGCUCAGAACCAUUCCGACCACCCUUUACUGGAAUCUGAGCCGUUGGCUCGAGCUCAAGCUCUGCUUUCUCAGCCGGAGGAAGAGAGCCCUGUAACCGGGCGUCAUAGAAUUCACAUUGAGAUUGGGAAGGAUCAUCGGAUUUCGUACCCGGAGAGAGGUGGUGGUGGUGGGUCCUCGCAUGGCAGCGGUGAGGUUCGGUCCGGCGACCAGGCUCUUAUUACUGUACCGGAGGUCUCGCAUUUGGGAUGGGGACAUUGGUACACUCUCAGAGAGCUUGAAGGGUCAACCAAUGGGUUUGCUGACGAGAAUGUGAUUGGUGAAGGUGGGUAUGGAAUUGUGUACAGUGGUAUCUUGGAGGAUAACACUCAGGUUGCUGUAAAGAAUUUGCUGAACAACAGGGGACAAGCUGAGAAAGAGUUCAAGGUCGAAGUUGAAGCAAUUGGUCGUGUUCGACACAAGAAUUUAGUGAGGUUGCUGGGAUAUUGUGCAGAAGGAGCUCAUCGGAUGCUUGUUUAUGAGUAUGUGGACAAUGGAAACUUAGAACAAUGGCUUCAUGGAGAUGUUGGGCCUUGCAGCCCUCUGACAUGGGAGAUUCGAAUGAACAUAAUUCUUGGAACGGCGAAAGGGUUGACGUACUUGCAUGAGGGGCUUGAGCCCAAAGUUGUUCACCGUGAUAUCAAAUCAAGCAACAUCUUACUUGACAAGCAAUGGAACCCAAAAGUAUCUGACUUUGGCCUUGCAAAGCUUCUAGGAUCUGAACGGAGUUAUGUUACAACUCGUGUUAUGGGAACCUUUGGGUAUGUAGCUCCGGAGUAUGCCAGCACUGGGAUGUUGAAUGAAAGGAGUGAUGUGUAUAGUUUUGGGAUUCUCCUUAUGGAGAUAAUUACGGGGAGAAACCCAGUAGACUAUAGCCGACCACCGGGGGAGGUCAAUCUAGUUGAGUGGCUUAAAACAAUGGUAACAAAUCGGAAUGCUGAGGGAGUUGUAGAUCCUAGAUUACCAGAGAAGCCUUCUUCUAGGGCUCUGAAGCGUGCUCUUCUCGUAGCUUUGCGCUGCGUGGACCCUAAUGCACAGAAGAGGCCAAAGAUGGGGCAUGUCAUACAUAUGCUUGAAGCUGAUGAAUUCCCCUUCCGAGAUGACCGGAGAACUGGACGAGAACAAGGACGCCCACAGCGCAAUGGUAUGAUGAUGGAGAAACAUAUGAAUGAAUCUGGUGAUAGUAGUGGAUAUGAAAGUAGUGUCCAAACUAAGACAGCAUUGUGGAGAAAGCAACAAGCUGAAGAAGCACAUUAACCAUCCAAUUUCAUUUCAUACCAAGUGAAUCGGUGCAGGACAUUUGACUUUUUGCCUUCUACGCCAAUGCUUUGUCAGUUCUGUAUAUUUGAUUUCUGUUUACACAGAUCUUAUUUUGGCAUGUUAUGUAGCUUUUUCUUCAUUUUUUUAAAAUUGUGUAUGUAAUUAAGUAUACGAAGUAUUCUUUUUUGCUGCCAAGUGAAUAGAUUGCUUUGAUCUUUAUUUAA